UUGAACAGCAAGUGACCCCCUUCACUUUUCAGAGAUUGUACACUGGGUGUAUGGUGAGAUUGUGCGCUGCACUGUGCUUCCAUUCAGAUACGUGCUGGGAGGAGUAUGUGCCACAUUGUUUCCGUGUGUGUGUGGGGGUCAUUGAUGUGUGUGUGUGCAGUGUCUCGGUUGCGGCGCUCCCCGUGGAUGUUUGAACUUCGUGCCUGAACCUAUAACGGAUGCGUCACGUCGGCUCUGUCAUGCGAAUCCUCCCGUACGCCAACGCACAGCGCACGCUCGCUCCCAAGACGACACCGACUCCGUGACUCUCCAUUUGAGCUGGUGACGCUGCUCGCUCUCUGGCGGUAGAACGGGAUGUUUGGCAUUUGUACGGAUGUGUGCUCGCACGGUGCGUCUUCUGUGAGAUGGACCGAGGAGAGGACCAGUGACCAAACAUGCCUACAGUCCUCCGCGACAAGGGCAAACUUUCCAACGUCUCUUUGUUGCUUCGAUGUGCUUUCCAGAUUGUUCACAGCUUUGUGGAAGUUACAGUACAUGUGGUGCUGAUGUUUAGGCUGAGAAGCAAGCUGUCGUCCCGUUUGCUUCCACCUUGUCCUAUCCUGUCGGAGUCUGCCUGGCAGGUGCAUCCUGCAUUAUACUACGUUCUUUUGUUCCAUUGACUACGUUGGAAGAGGAUUUAUGCCAUUCCUGUUUUUUUAUUAAAGAACUCUGUUUUCUGUUAAAACCGCUUUUGGGUCUUCACUCAAGUACAUAACACUAGGUGAUCUAGUGUGCAAUCAUUAGUCCCAUCGUUCCAUUUUGCAAACAAACGAGAGUUUCUAUUGGGCAAAUUCAGGACAUGAACCACUCCUGGCAGUCCCAGCAACCCUCAGGAGGUGGCCAGGCCCAGUGCUUCCUCUACAACCCUAACGACACAAAGCAGCACACUACUCAGCACAAACAACGUAUGUAUUCACAGUCUAAGCUCGGGGGGAUGACCCACCCUCACCUGGCGCCUCACAAAUCCAUGCUCGCUGAUGACUUGAAGCUCAGCAGUGACGAUGAUGAUGCUGACAAGGGACCUGAACAGUCAGCCCCCUGGGUUGUUAACAACAGUAUGUCGGAGCAGCACACACGCACACAUGGUGGGAGGGUGAGACAUUCCAGCUCAGACUCUUCAGGCUCAGACUCCUACAGUGAAUUGGAGGAGGAGAGCAGUGGCCAGCGCUCCCUUAGCCCAAGCCCAGAAACACACUCCGAUCCUGGGACACCCACCGACACUCAGGCCCUUGGCUGCACCAAGGAGAUAUAUCACCCCUCCACCACUCAGUGGCAGCUGGAUAAGUGGCUGAAAAAAGUCCCCCAAAAAUCUUCUUCCUGCGACCAGGAUCCCAGCAAUCACGACCACGCCCAGAGAGCUACAGAGCACCAGUCGCUCUCCCCAGACCCCCACAGAGCUCCAUCUCCAUCCAGACCCUGGGGGAUCAGAGAGGACUACAGCCCUAGCCAGAGCCCUGUUCCCAGCCCGCGCUUUAACUACAGCCCCAGGCAUAGCCCUCGGCCUAGCCCUGGCUACAGCCCCUGCCCCAGCCCCUGUUCCAGUCCUUGUCCUAGCCCCACCCCAAGACACAGCCCCAUCCCUAGCCCGGUCCUCAGUGUCUGUCCAAGCCCCUACCCAAGCCCCAGAGCCACCUGCAGCCUUAGUUCCAUUCCCCAGCACCCCCAUAGGAGUCCUAGUCCUAGCCUUACUCAUUUUAGCCCCCGCCGAUAUCCUCAGGUUCGGAGUCCUCAUCAGGAAAGCCACAGGCCUACCACGUGGCCUAGCCUAACAACCAGCCCGAGCCAUAGACCCAAAAUCAGGCCCUGGACUGCCCCUGUACCCAGCACUGAGCCCAAGAGCAAUCCAAGACACAGUCUAUAUCCUCAGCCUCUGCCUCAGCACAGCUCCAGGCCUAAAUCCACACAGACCCAGGCUGUUCCCACUCCCAAGACCACAGCCAAGGCAGCCCCUGCACUGACCACUGAGCUGAGCCACAGGCACAAACACAGACCCAGGCCUAGUCCCAACUCGAGUCCCAAGCUUCAUUCUCAGCCUAGCUUGAAACACGCACGCACUCUAGACCCCAAAAGCCAACACCUAUCAACCUCUGGACAAAGGCCUAAGGAGAGUAGCAGACACAGCCAUAAUUCCAACUCCAACCCCAGACCCAGUAAUGGGCCUAGUUUGACAACCAGACUCAGUACCAGUCUCAGCCCCACACCCAGGGCCAAGACCUUACCCACCACAGACCCUAGCAGAGAGACCAGCAGCAGAGUUGGUCACUGUUCCAAAUCCAGCCCAAAGCCACAUUCUCUGCCUAACUCCAAAGCUAGUUCUGAGCCUCGCGCUAAAUUCAGCCCCAGCCCGAGACCCAAAGUCAAGUCCUGGGCUCCUGCUCCCCACUCAAAGCUUCCACAGAAGAAGCCCCAAUCCAGGGAGAGAGAACAGGAGGUGUACAACCGGAGAGAGACCCAUGCACCAAAGAGGAAGGUAGACAGGCAGACAGAGGGAAAGGGGGAACAUGAGGUAGAGAGACAAACAGAAAAACAAGGAGAGAGGCAGGGGAAGAAACAGAAGGAAAGAAAGGGGGAGAGACAGGGAGAGAGAAGACUGGCGGAGGAGCAGUUGCUUAGACGCCCCUGGGUCCAGAGCUCAGAGGAGGAAGAGGACGUAGAGGAGAGAAAGAGGAGAAGGGAGGAGAGAGAGAAGGAGAAGUGCAAGAGGAGGUGGAAGGAGCAGCAGCAGCAGAGUGGUGAAUGGCAGGCGGUCCAGCCCAAGCAGAGACCUCACACCAACAGUGAGCGCCGCCACCAUCCCAUCGACCCAAAACGCCACGGGACCAAGAAAAAGAGGAGGAGGAAGAGUGAGCAGGAGGAAGAGAGACAGUUUCAGCAGGACCCUUCCCCUCCACCAUCACCCACCUCCCCCACUCCUAUUGUCCCACCCACGGACUCCUCCGCCUCUUCAGAGUCCGACUCGGAGCCCGAUCUGCCUCCCAACGUCACCAAAGUCCCGGCCGACUCCACAUCAAGCCAGCGUCCCAUCCCCAGGAGAGGGUACCAGGGCCCGGGGAGGCCCGCAGAUAACAGGCCCAGAGUGCUCUACCCCAGGCGCACCACCGCAUCCAACCCAGGCCAGGGGCACCAAAUCCAGGGAAAGCAGAAACUCUACACCCUGGUUCCGUUUGGACGUCGUGAGCUGGCCGCAGCCUCCCAUCGAGGCCUGAGAAACUUGGUGGUGCAGAUAGACCUCUCCCUGCUCAACAGAGUGCCUGAUACUACGACAGGCACCCCAGCCUCUCACAAACACUCUUCCUCCUCCUCCUCUGCCUCUUCCAAGCAGAAAGAAGCCAUGAGACACCUGUGCAUCCCCGAGACAGAGAGAGGAGACAGCAAGAGGAAACGCAAGUCAGAGAAUGGAGUCCAGCACCACAGAGAGAGUAAGAGGAGCAACUCCCAGACCAACGGCCCCUCUGCCCACACAGAGUCUACAACGCACAGACGUCUAGACCCUCACUCAGACACCAGACACAACGGGUUCUUGGAGGACUAUCUGGACAGUACCCCUCUCUCUGACACCCUCGACCCCACCAAGCCCCCCAUCAAAACACAGAACCCAGAGCCUAAGAUGGAGGUUGAGUGUUGUGUUGGGGUGUCAGGGCAGCCUCAGCCCGAGUGUGAACCAUGGGGACCUCCUUUACAACGGGCAGGGGGACAGAGAGGAACCGUAACCAACCAUGAACCCCCACAUCAUGCUGAGUACUACAUGCAUGAAGCCAAGAGGAUGAAGCACCGUGCAGAUGCCAUGGUGGAUAAGCUGGGGAAGGCAGUGAACUAUGUGGAUGCUGCUCUCUCCUUUAUGGAGUGUGGAAAAGCUAUGGAGGAGGGACCACUGGAGGCCAAGUCUCCCUAUACCAUGUACGCAGAGACAGUAGAGCUUAUCAGGUACGCCAUGAAGCUGAAGAACCACUCUGGCCCAGGGGCUAGACAGGAAGACCAACAGUUGGCCGUACUGUGUUUCCGGUGCCUUGCUCUCCUAUACUGGCAGAUGUUUCGUCUAAAGAAGGAUCACGCCCUGAAGUAUUCCAAGGCUCUAUUGGACUACUUUAAGAGUUCUCCAAAAGUGCCUACUACUCCCCCAAUCUGGAGCGACUCGGGAAAGGGCACAGGGGGACCUCCCUCGUCCCUCUCCCCCAGCCCCUCAGCCCUCACCCUGGGCUCUCACACUGGCAGCUCCCCCUCCUCCCUCAUCAGCAUUCCCCAACGUAUCCACCAGAUGGCAGCAAACCACCUCAACAUCACCAACAGUGUCCUCUACAGCUAUGAGUACUGGGAGGUAGCAGAUAGCCUUGCCAGAGACAACAAGGAGUUUUUUAACUACUUGAACACCCUGUCGGGGCCGUUGACUCUCCACAGUAGUAUUGCUCAUGCAGUCCAGUACACCAGACAGGCUCUACAGUGGAUACGCAUCAGUGCCAAUGUGGGUUAGUGGAGGGAGGGGCGAGACCAUAGAGAAUGAUAGAGAAAGCAUCCUUAUAUAGUUCCUAUUAUGGGAUCUGUGAGCGCACCGGCAGCGCCAUCUCCAUUUUUAAGUAGUCAAUUUUAUUCUUCACAAUUGGCUGACCCCUCCUGAUGAGCUGGUUGGACAUGACUCCAACAGGAAGUUGACUGUCACCCAGUUGACCGCAUUAAAAUGGUGGAAGCCCUCAAUGCUGCUCCCAUGCUAACAUGGCCUUUUGGCCACUGGAGGCCUCUAUCAUUCUUUAUGGGUGAGACCCAACAACCUGGCUUAAGGGAAGGAGGGAGAGAGGGACACAAGUGAUUAGAAAUUGACGAUUCCCCCUGUAUUCUACGUUUUAAGGAUUAGUACUUCAAUUAAUACUUCAAUUCUCAGCAUGUAUCAUAAAUUAUGGAUUGGAUGUAUACACAGUAGCGUCUUUCCUGGUGCUCAAAGAGCUUCACUUUGUAUGGGGGGAAGGUGUUGUUAAUCCUACAAACAGGCAAAGGGACUGUUUUAGUAUAUCUUUUACUCUUCCUCUUGGGAUUCUCUGUGCAGAUCUUUAAAGUUCCACAUGGAUUCAAUGCCUUCAAACUCGCUGCUUUACCAAACGUGCCACAUAUGUAAAUCACAAAACACACACAGAAACUGUCUUCAAAAGGAAACGGAAGAGAAACAUCAUACAGUGCACCUGUGAGGACUUUGAUUUCUCUACCGUACAAAAGGACAACGGACAUAUGACCUGGACUACAUCUCCCAUGGGCCUUACCAGGACAAAUGGUUUCAUUAGGGGAAAGGUGAAGUUGGGAUUUUGAGUUUUAUUUUGGACUGUCAGACCCCUCAUCCUAAAAUGUAGACCAAGUUACUGCUAGCUUUUCUGUAUGACUACACUGUGAGAUGGCUCUUUUAAGAACAUUUAGAGAUGCCUUUCACUUUUUGAUGUCUUUUUAUGUGCAAUAGGUGUGUCAGAUUAUUUGUUUUUAACAAAAAUACCAAAACAAUGGGAUUUGGUUUUGUUGCCAAGUGGAUGGGCCAGCAUUCAUGUUCCUGUCUAUGCAAAAUGAUUAUUUAUAAUAUGGUGUAAUGUAAUUAUCAAAAGUUGCAUACCGAAUUGUAUUUCAUAAAUGUCUUUGAUAUUGCAA